UAUAAAAAGGUUAGAUAUAAAAUUAUCUAAAAAAUGUCCUGAAAAGAAAUGAAAGAAUCGUCACUCCCAAAAUUUGAUAUCUCAAGCAAGAGAAGUAUCAAGAGAAAGACACCAAUUCAGAAGUUAUUCUCGGUUUCAAACAAGCAAAAGAGGAAGAUAACCAAAAGCAUUCAGAGAGCCCUGGUAAGGCCUUGUUUGAUCUCUGUGCCAUGUUCACCAUACAAAAAGAAGUCUAGUUCCAAAAAGAGAAACCUUAAUGCCAUUUCUGAACAUGUGGUCUUUUUGCAUCCUUCAUACAAUGCCUCACAAAUUCAGAAGACUUGGUAUGACACAGUGAAGGAAUACGACCACUCUACUAGGACGAAAUAAUAAAGAUCUCAUGGGCUUAUUUGGUGAUAUUGGGCCUUGUGAUCCUAAAAGAAGAGCAAAAUCAAGCCCAAAAACCAAAAAUAGUACAUUCUCGUUACAAAAGGCUAAAUCUGAGAACUUUAUCAAGUUCCAGCCAGGGAAGUUAUUCGAGGCUCAAGGCUUAGGCACUCAGUCUGGAGAGUUUACUAAGCGAUAUCUUGAUAUUACUAAGGAAGGACGUAGAAACCAUAUAUUUAAAGGCCAUCGUACAAAGUCCAUCAAAGGCAAGCCUUUGAUGUUGUUUCGAAGAACAUUGAAAAGCCGGAAAUCGAUGACUAAGCAAGCUGAGAGGAUCAAGACCAAAAUUUAUAAACUUCAGAAGUUAUUUGCCGCUUCAUCUAGAGGUCAGCCUGAGAGGAGGACCCCUCUUGGGCCUCCUUCCAUUCGUGAAGCAAACACUAAAGGAUUAGAGGAAAUUUCUUCAUAGUAUUAGGC